UAUAUGUUAGUAUAUAAUUGUAGGCUUGGUAGACGUUACUGAACAUUUCUGUAGAGGGUACAACACCCCUCCUUACACGUCGCACGACUCUCUGCGUACACACCUGUACAUAAACCCUCGUACGCAUCAGAAGGGAGCAUAGGCUAGUCGUAACGUACCAAAUACUAGUAAGACCUGAGAUAACGCCUAGUUAACCCACUUUACGAUCGAGCAUCAACAAUGGGAUCACGCACAGGAAUGACGCCAUUGAUACUCCUACUAUGCAUCGCAGCGGCUGUUGCGCCGGGCGCUUAUGGCGGUCGCGACAAGUUCCCCGUGCAACUAGGCAAGUCUAAGUUCGACAUGAGCACGUGCCGCCGCGUGUACGGCAUGAAGCCGGCAGUAUCGGGGAUAAUCGGCACCACCAUGGAGAGUCUCGCGUGGACCCCCGUCGGCAGGUCGUGGGCCUACAAGGUCUCCUUCGCGUUCCUCGCAAUCGGCCUUCCCUCCGCGCCGAGCAGCCAGGCGGUCGUGUCGGGCUUCCCCUGCGACCCGUUCACCCCGCCCACGACGAUUCUCUCGCUGCCCGGCACGUGGCAACAGAUGCCGUACAAGCGCGGCGUGGCGUGGCAGCUCACGGGCAACGUGGCGAGCAGCGCAAUCGUGACGGCGUUUCAGAACCAGAAGAGUCAGGGGAAGAAGCGGUCCAAGGUGAAGAUUUACGCCAUGCUGAAUGUGAAUGGUACGGUGCUGUACGGUGAAAUGGAUGAGUAGAUUAGAUGCGAAUGCACUGUGUACAAAUGAGUAGAUUUUCCUUAGCGGGCCAUGCGGCAACCUGGCUAGUGGAGAUUGACUAUACCUAGGUUCUCUCUCCAUCGCAGCUGCUAGCUGCUGCAUCCUGCUCAGAAUGUACGGCGGUUGGAACAACUCCCCCAUUGGAGCAACCAACCCCCCAUGUAUAUCGCCCAGCAGCUGGGCUCUCUGAAGCCCAGCAUUUGGGUAGUAUACAGCCGGGAUCUAUGAAGCAGCUGACGUACUUAAGCAUUCCCAACCCCCCUCUUCCGCCUAAGCCUUAC